UAAUCAUUCAUUCGUAUCGCGCCUUUUCGUUCGCUCCAUUACGGAAAACUUACGAACUCUGCCAAGGACGAUACAUUGCAGACGACAAAGCACAGUAAGGUUAAGCUUUCAGUUUCCGUCUAUUUAGUUCGUAUUCUGUCUGGUAAAUUAGAAACUCAGAAUGGCAAAACUAGUUGCACAAAUAGCAAAAUGUACCGCUGGAUCAUUGUCAUGUACCUCAAAGGGAAGUUUAUUCAGUCGUCCUGUUUCGAGAGCAUCCUUAUACCUCUCACGUUCAAUUGCUAAUACUCGAUGUCUCAGAGCCGAAAGGCUAUACACAGAGAAACAUGAAUGGAUUACGGUUGAUGGUAAAAUAGGAAUAGUUGGAAUAUCCAGUUACGCGCAAGAAGCAUUGGGUGAUAUUGUUUAUGCUCAGCUUCCAGAUGCUGGAUCUGCAAUAGAAAAAGAAGCCGAGUGUGGAGCAUUAGAAUCUGUAAAAGCUGCUUCCGAAUUAUACAGUCCAGUCAGUGGAAAAGUAAUAGAAAAAAAUGAAGCAGUUGAAAAGAAACCUGGUUUAGUUAAUUCUUCGUGUUAUGACAAAGGAUGGCUGUUCAAAAUAGAACUAAAAAAUCUAGAUGAAGUCAAAAAUCUAAUGAAUGAAGAAGCUUACAACUCAUAUUUAAAAUCUAAUCCGCAUUAA